GGCGCCCACAGCCUCGGAACACAACCGCCCACAAUUUUCGCGGUUGUAAACAAAAAUGGCGGACAAAAGCGUUGGCGGCAUUUGAACAAUGUUGUAGACUGAUGGAAAACUGUCAAUAUUACUCCCUGGAAGUGGUGCUAGGUCUCUGAAUAUCAUGCAGCUGUUGAAGCCGGAAUGGAUUAACCAUGACGGGGGCAAGGCCAUCUUCAGUGUAGAUUUGCACCCGGAUGGUUCACGUUUGGCUACUGGUGGGCAAGGUCAGGAUUCAUCUGGACGGGUCGUGGUGUGGAAUUUGAAGCCUGUUGUUCAUGAGAAGUAUGAGGAGGAUGAAAAGGUGCCCAAGUUGCUGUGCCAAUUGGAUCAGCAUUUAGGGUGCGUGAACAGUGUACGAUGGUCUUGUAGUGGCCGUUAUCUGGCCUCGGCCGGAGACGAUAAAGUUAUUAUUAUCUGGCAACAAAGCAGUUAUGGAGGUGGUGCAGUUUUUGGAUCGAAUGUAGUGAAUGUUGAGGCGUGGCGAAGUGUGGCAACCUUACGUGGUCACAAUGGAGACAUCUUGGAUGUAGCGUGGUCCCCCGGAGACCUGUGGCUGGCAUCAGCAUCGAUAGAUAACUGCGUUAUUGUCUGGAAUACAGCUAAAUGGCCAGAGCAAGUACGGGUUUUAAGAGGGCAUACUGGUUUAGUGAAAGGCGUUACGUGGGAUCCAGUUGGCCGUUAUUUGACUUCUCAAGCAGAUGAUAAGAGUUUACGUAUCUGGCGCACUACAGAUUGGGCUACGGAGGAGAAAAUUGUUGAUCCAUUCACCGAGUGUGGGGGUACAACAACUGUUCUGCGGCCAAGUUGGUCCCCAGAUGGUCAGUAUUUGGUUUCGGCUCAUGCUAUGAAUAAUGGAGGGCCUACAGCGCAGAUUAUAGACCGUGAUGGCUGGAAUACGGAUAAAGAUUUUGUAGGGCAUCGCAAGCCUAUAACGUGUGUGCGAUUCAAUCCAAAUAUCUUGAAAAAAAUUGACACCAAGACGGGGAAGUCUGUGCAGUACUGCUGUGUAGCAAUUGGUUCUCGGGAUCGCUCCAUCUCGAUUUGGUUUACUUCACUGAAGAGACCACUUGUGGUGGUCCAUGACAUUUUCGAUGAUUCUGUUCUGGAUCUCUCAUGGAGCAGUUGUGGACGAUAUUUGAUGGCAGUGUCUAAAGAUGGAACACUUGCCUUCAUAAAUUUUUCCCCCGAAGAAAUAGGAUUUCCGCUAUCACAAGAUGAAACGAAUACUCUUCAUAUGAAGCUUUAUGGUAAAUCGGCCCAGACUUCCGCAUCGUCAGUCAAUCCCACAAUUAUCGAAAACCCUGAGCUUCUCCGUCUUCGUGAGGAGGAGAGAGCUCAGGCCAAGGCAGCAAGUGCUAGUGAACAGAGCCAAAAACCCGCCCCACCUACGCCCCAGCGAGCUCCGAUCAACAAGCAAAUUGAAACAAGGACAGCUGAUGGCAAGAGAAGAAUAACACCAAUGUUUAUCCCUCCUACAGAAGGCGUGGAGAAUCCCAACAAAUCCUACGAGGCUAGCUUCUCCUCUAGUCAGCAGGAAAAGAGUAAGAUAGUGGUUGAGAAAGUAGAUGGAGUGGUGGAGCCCAAUGUGUCGGUGUCCCGCCCUCCAUCAAUUUUCAACGCAAAUUCUAGCAGCUCGCCCGGUAAGGGGAUGUGUCUUCCAGCUGAAUUCAAUGGAGUGCCUGCAGGUCUUCCUGCUAGAUUUAGCAAAUCAUCCGGUAUUAACUCUGAAAAGCAGGUGGAUAAUCAGAUCACUCCCGUAUCUAACAAACGCAAACAGGAGGAUGUACAACCUAUUGCAAUCAAGCGUAAACGUGGCCGGCCACCUUUGUAUGACAGAUCUUCCACACCUGCUGCAACGCGUGCCUCCUCUCCAGCAGCGCCAUGCCCAGCACCUGUUUCAUCCCGAACACCAGUUGCUGCAACUCAGCAUCAUGUAGACCUGGCUCCUUCCCUCGUACUGCCUGAAGCAUCUCUCUCAAAAUCAGCUAGAGUCCAGAUACCAGGAGAAGUCUCUCUUGAUAUUCCUCCACCUUUACUGGUGGUAGAGAACGACUACCGCAUUGGUAGUCGUGUUGGGGUUGGGACACCCAAUUUGCAUCGGGUUAGCAGAACACAGCUGAACGUGGUGAGUUGGGUGGUCUACCUCACCUCUCAUGUGACGGCUGCAAGUGCCACCUCCACUACUGCUGCAUUUACUUGUCAUGACAAGACUCUCCACAUACUGGACAUAAUGACAGGUGAGAUGAUACUGCCUCCACUUCAGUUGCAAGGUCGAGCCUCCCAGCUGUUUGUCCAGGAGAGUUCUAUUAUGGUGCUAACUACUGAUGCAACACUCACCAUUUGGGAUUUGAAAGGAAAGAAGAGGAUCCUGUCUGAGUCUGUGAGACAUUUGGUCGAAGGGCGCAAUGGAGGAGUUAAGUGUGUCCAGUUAACCGCAGAAGGUACUCCGGUUGUGUUGCUAACAUCAGGAGAAGCUUUCACGAGAUGCCAAGAUCUUGAGGCGUGGUUGCUUCUUGGGGACGUUGCCAGUGUUCGUAGUGUUGUGCAGCCCGAGUAUACGAUGUUGCCACCCUGUCACCCUGCUGAGAAUUGUUCAAGGCCACUUGCUAGCCUCCUCCACCAAACAGCUGCAUAUAGUGGAUCAUCUCGUGUAUCCCACCCUGUUAUUUCCGAUGAAGCACGUCAGAAUAUAACGGAAGUAUUCAUCAAUCGCAUGAUGACUUCAGCUCAAUAUCUUAGAUCUGCCAAUGAUUACAAGUUUUGGUUGAAACGAAAAAUUCAGUUCUUCAUUAAAGAAGGGUUGGAGAAGAAACUUCGAGAUAUCUUUGACGAUCUUCUUGGACCAAGACACAGCGGUUCAGCAAAUAAUCAAGAGACCCCAAGUUGGAAACCAAAAUUAAUGAUAUUCGAUAAGAAAGCCCUCUUGGAGGAAUUUUUACGAGAAAUACUUCUUGCUAAGAAUUCAUUGCAGCUGCAACGUCUUUACUCUGAGUACAAAGAACAGCUGGAUACAAAUAUCAUAGAUUUAAUAUAAUAAAGUAUAUCUUAGAAACUUAUAAUAUUUUAUUGAGAACUUGAUUAGAAUUGUUUUCUCUUAAAAAUAAUCUCUUGUAAAACAGGUUAGCCUGGUUGUAUAUAGAUACUUUCCUUUUUAUAUUAAUGUAUAAAACUCAAUAAUGCAAAAUCCCUCAUGCAUUGACUUUUUUGUACUAUUUAAUUUUAUAAAAAUAUCUAUGACAUUAUUGCCAAUUUUUUAUAUUAAAAUGAAGGCAUCAUAAAACACGAAAUACAUUUUAUUUUAUCCACACAUUAAAUUAAGCAAUUUUAACCCAGAGGGUGCAAAGCUUUUCUGCUCAAUGCUCUUCAACGCAAUUGUUGAUGGAGUGCCGAGACAGAACGUCUUUGUUUUACUGUAUGACAUCAUUGCUUCACAUAGCAGGCUUGUAAGUCAAAAUUUUGUUCACAUUUACUAACAUAACUCCUAAUCAUCAAGGUAUGGAUCACUGCCAAAAACAUCUCUGCCUUAAAACUGUUUUAAAUGUAAGAACUCGAUACUUACACUGCCCAGUACACAAUCAUAAUGCCGUGUGCAUUAUGAUGCUCCACACUGCCAGUGGAAACUGUCCACAAAUAUCCAUUGGUGAAGACCACACAUAACAUGUAUAAAGUUUUAUAACUUAAGUGCAAUGUUAGACUCCUUGUAUUGUAGGUUUAUAAAUAUAUGGUACUUGUCAUUAUUUCACUGCCAAUCUCAAGAAACGUAAUUUUAAUAUAGUGAGCGCUUGAGCAUAAUCUGGCAUUUCAUUAGAAUUAAAUUUAGGAUGUGUAAUGUGCAGUAUUAAAGUUAUAUUUGUGUGUAAGAUUUGUAACAGAUUUGCCUAGUAGAUUGUAAGGAUUUGAGACAUUUUCUUUACAAGUAACUGUGGAGCUGAAGAACUGGACAGAGUAUAAAUAUGCAAACUGCAGGGAAUAUAGAAGUGUUAGGAGUAUGGAGAGUAGAGCCAACACUAUGUAGGUAAAUAUGACAUUUGCAAGCAGCAAUUAAAUGGACUAUUUAGUGUCCUUGAGAAAACACAUGAAUGCUAAUUUGGAGGAGAUACGUAAAGUUAACAAGAAACAGUAUCUAAAUUUCUACAUAGUGUGCUGAGCAAAAGACAGGUGUGAGGGGAAUUGGGGGGGGGGGGGGGGGUUCAGAGAAUGAAAGAAUGGUAAGUUGGAGAAAAUAUGUAAAGUUUGCAAAAGUAUAUUUUAUGGAGGAAGCUGCCCUCCUGAAUACAGAUAAAAUUAAGCCAAUUGUCUAGCUCAUCAUUCCAGUGUUUUCAGUUUGACCUUUUUGUGAUAAAUAGCAUUAUGUGUUAGGCACAAUAACCUUAUAUGUUUACCUAUUACGUAUUUGUAAGAUCAGCGUUGUUAGAUGUUUUUGUACGUGCAUGGAAAACGAAGUAAAUGUGUUUCAUAUAUCGUAAUUAUGUCUGUACAUUUUAACCUGUUAUUAAGUUUCUUAUAAGAAAAAUACAGUGGAUCCAGUUUUAUGGUUUCAAAUACAGUACUUAUUCUUAUGAGUACUUUUUUACAUCCAUACAGUAUAUUAGUUUAAAACUGUAUUUUAUUUUAAACUGCUUUUUUAGUAAAAUUUCCUAGUCAA